AUGCUGAGAUACCGGUCCUAUCUAAGUUUUCCGGGCUCGCACAAACAUGUUCUCUUGAUUGCUGUCAUUGUCGUAUUCGUCUUUUUCGAGCUACUUCCCCCGGGGUUCGGAUUUAAUACUCAAGGUAGUCCCCCACACGGAGAAGACCGGCCGCUAUACCCCUACCACUCCGCAUUCCGCGCAAAUCCCGAUUAUGAAUACGAGACCAAGCUGUCAGAUGCGCUGCGCAAUCUUGAGGCAGAGGGACAGCUGCAGAGCAAUACGAGCCCCUUCGAGACUUUGUGGCAUAUUAUGCUGGGGCAGAACCCCAGCGCGGAGCAGCGAGGCGAGGAUUCUAUUCUAUUUGAGGAGAAAAAUUCUGAAUGGGAAUAUGCGCUUGUGACGAGCGAAUGGGCCGACAUGUUCAUCUCUGAAACUCUCAUAUCUAUUGCAGACCUGGCAUAUCUGUACAAAACAUACCCACACAAUGUCCUUCGAGCAGAUCUCCUGCACUAUCUACUCUUGUGGUAUUACGGCAGCUACUAUGCAGACACCGAUAUCUUUCCCGCACGCUCUAUCAAGACCUGUCCGGCGUUGCGGGAUUCGAUAUUCGCAGAUACCAUCGACAACAACAUUUCACUGGUGGUAGGAGUUGAAAUCGAUGAGCCUUUCGCGUCGCCGCAAAAAAUGCAGUAUUGGCACUGGAUUCGAAGAUAUGGCUUCAUCCAAUACACCAUGUACGCCCCGCAACCCUUCAGCCCGUUGCUGAGGGAAGUUAUUGUCCGGGUGCUGUCACAUACAAGGCAACACAUCGGACAGAGCAACUUUCUUUUGGGAGCAAAGUAUAAUGAGCUGACUACCUUGGAGACUACCGGAACCGGUGUGUUCACUGAUACAAUCCUGGAUGUCCUGUCCGAUACUCUAUCGCCGGCUCAUCCUUUGAUCCAGGAGUCUGUCGCAGCCGAAAAAGGCCUAGGAGAUCUUGUCCCGCCAUCAUGGAGUUCUCAUUUCCCCGCGUUACGCGUGACAUGGGCACCCUUUCAUCGGCUCAGAUCGCCUCGCUGUGUCAAGGGCUCCGAAGCGAAACAAGGAAAACAACUGGGUGGGCUGUGCAUUCUUCCUGUCAGUGUGUGGGGCAAUGGACAGAGACACAGCCAAUCCGAAGGGUUUGGUAGUGCCGAUGCUUGCGUGAACCAUCGCUUUGGGGGGACUUGGAAGCCCUGGAAACAGAGCUGGAAGAUGUAUUUUUUCGGAUAG